AUGAACGCCAGUGGCGAUAUCAUCACUACCAGAGCCAUUGCGUACACUUUCUUUACAACCACAAUGUCGUCAGAACAUUACCCUGCCCCAAAUGGGAUGCUCCCGUACUGGCGGACCGAGCCUCAUCGGCUGGACGACUGUCGAUCCACCGAUGCCCUACCAAAGGAGAGCGAUAUCGUCAUCGUGGGCGCUGGAUAUGCAGGCGCCUCCGUUGCGUAUCAUAUCCUAGGCCAGACCAAGCCGGGGUCCAAGCCGCCAUCUAUCACGAUAGUGGAAGCGCGACAGGCAUGUUCUGGAGCCACCGCCCGAAACGGAGGCCAUGUGAAGCCUGAUCUCUACAACUAUAUCUCUACGGUGGCAGCAGAACAUGGCGUCGAGGCAGCAGGGGAGGUCGCCGCAUUUGAAGCCAAGCAUGUCCAUGCCAUGAAGGACUUUGUUGAUCAGGAGAAUAUCGACUGCGACUAUACAGUCACCAAAGCGAUUGAUGUGCAAUUAAACGCCCAGCAUUACCAGAAGCUCAAGGAUGGUUAUGAGCGAUUGAUCGCAGCUGGAUGCGGUCCAACGAAGCAGGCUCGAUCUGUCGGGGCCAAUGAAGCCCAAUCGUUCUCAGGCGUCAAGGGUGCUGUGGGCUGUUUCACGUAUGAUGCCGGAAGUAUCUGGGCCUACAAAUUCGUGCUCCAUCUCCUGGAAAAGGUGGUUUCACAAGGCGUAAAUCUGCAGACCCAUACCCCCGUGUCAAGCAUCACGAAAUCCACCAUUCCAUCCGCUCCCUAUGGCUGGGAAGUGAAGACUCCCCGCGGCACCAUCGCGGCCCGAAAGGUGAUUUUUGCGACGAAUGCCUAUACCUCCGCUCUUGUGCCACAGUACAAGGACAAGAUUAUUCCCGUCAGAGGAACGUGUAGUCGCAUUGCUGUUCCGCCAGGGUCCACGGCCCCUCGCUUGACUCAUACUUAUACCUUGCGGUGGGGCGGCUGGGACUAUGACUAUCUGAUCCCGCGAGCGGACGGGAGCAUUGUCGUCGGGGGAGCCCGGUCAACUUUUAUUCACGACUUGAACGAUUGGUAUAAUGUGAGUGAUGACAGUCGAGUUCUGGAGGGUGCUGUGCGCUAUUUCGAUGGGUAUAUGCAGCGCAACUUUGUGGGGUGGGAACAUAGUCAUGCAUACACCGACCGGGUGUGGACGGGAAUCAUGGGUUACUCCGCGGAUGGACUGCCUCAUGUCGGGUCUGUUCCUGGGCAGAGUGGUCAAUACAUUCUGGCUGGGUUUACCGGCCACGGCAUGCCGCAGAUCUUUUUCGCGGCACAGGGGAUUGCGAAGAUGGUUGUCGAUGGAGUGGCGUUUGAAGAGACUGGUCUCCCCCGGCUAUUCAAGACGUCCCAGUCUAGGCUUGAUGAGCGGGAGAAUAAGAUCUUCCACAGCACGCCUCAGACUGGACCAUCGCAGGCUAAGCUCUAA